AGCAGGAGCGUUCACUCCGCACCACAGGAGCGCACGGUGGGGUGUUUUUUGUGUGUGUGUGGAUGAGCCGGUGGUGGUGAAGAAGUGACGGGGGAACCAGAGGUCCAGUGAGCGGUCAGUUGCACUUGUGCUGCCCGGUCAGAGAAAGCUGAAGAGCUGAAAGAGCAGCGGAGACCAGUUUAAAGGAUGUUUUAGGCACAACUUGUCUCCAGAGGACAAGUGGAGCGGUCCAGUCAGUGACUGUGCGUCCUGAUGAUGCGGAGAGAUCAAGUCUCAGUAGUUUGUCGUGAUGAACGGAUCCUGAGAAACAGCUCACGGGGAUUGAUUGAUUGACUUGAUUGGCAUUUGGAGAUUUUAUUUUGUGUGUGUGACGUUUUUAGUCUCUCACUCAUUAAUAACUGUGGAUUAUUAAUUUGGAGACUUGGAUUCCCCUUUCUUUUUUUCUCCCUGCGUUUUUAUGCUGAAGUUGAAAAAGGGAUUUAGAUUUUUACACAGUUAAGGAUCCGGAGAGUGGAAUUAUUAUCCUCCCACACGGUGGAAAUAUCAGUGUGAUUGGAGCCCAGUUCAUCUGCUCUCACCGACAAUAUGAAGACUGUCAAAGUGUGGAUGUGCGUUCACAUCUGCCUCCUGCUCUUAGAUGUGGCAGUAAGUUCAUGGGAGGGCCCCUCAGCUCUGUCUGUGUCCUUGAGCACCAGCGCUCCAGGAUCUGGGCCCGCAGCUCAGCCGGAAUGGGUGGACUGCAUCCAGGCGAGUGACAUGUGCAACCAGAACCCGCACUGCAGCUCCCGCUACCGGGUGAUGCGCCAGUGCCUUGUGGGCAAAGAGAAGGAGGCCAUGCUGGACCACAACAGAGAGUGUCAGACUGCCUUGGAGGUGCUGCUGGUUAGUCCUCUGUACGACUGCCGCUGCAAAAGGGGCAUGAAGAAGGAGAUGCAGUGUUUGCAGAACUACUGGGCUAUCCACAUGGGACUCACUGAAGGUGGAGAUAUGGAUGAUUCAUCUCCGUAUGAGCCCGUCGCACCGAACCGACACCCCGACGCUUUCCGCUUGGCUUCUAUCUCAUCAGGAAUGCUCACAGCUGCACCAAAAGGAUUCCACUGCCCAGAUGCCGAGAAGAACUGCAACCCCUGUCUCGAUGCGGCCAAAGCCUGCAACCUCAACAACAGCUGCAAGAAGCAGCGCUCCUCCUACAUCGCCACCUGCAGCAAGGAGGAUCCCAACAAGGGCGAAACCUGCAGCAAGAAGCGCUGCCACAAAGUGCUGAGAAUGUUCCUGGACCGCGUGCCCACCGAGUUCAGCCACCGCCUGCUCUUCUGCCCCUGCCAGACCGAGGGCUGCGCUGAGCGUCGCAGGCAGACGAUCGUGCCCGAUUGCUCCUACAAAGAAAAGGAGAAACCAAACUGUCUGGAGCUACGGAGGGUCUGCCGCCAGGACUUGCUCUGCAGGUCUAGGCUGGCCGAUUACCUGGUCAACUGCUGGAUGACUCCACACACACUGAGCACCUGUCCCAACCAAGACAAUCACCAGGCCUGCCUGGCCUCCUACACAAGUCUCAUCGGGACCGAAAUGACUCCAAACUAUGUCGACAGCAGCUUCUCCAACUGGACCAUUUCCCCAUGGUGCACCUGUAAAGGCAGCGGAAACCAAGAAGAGGAGUGUACGAACUUCCUGCGCUACUUCACCGACAACACAUGCCUAAGAAAUGCCAUUCAGGCCUUUGGUUAUGGGAUAGACAACAUGCAGAACAAAACCAUGUCUGUCCCCGGCCCCACGGCGAUGACGAAGAUGGGGUGGGACUGGUCAACGGGCAGCUCGGAGCCUCCAUUUGUCUCCAUCCCAAAGUAUCCUGAACCAAGGGACGGUGGCAUGGGCAAGACCCACGGCCUGCAGGGGGAUCACUCAUCCUGUCUGCAUGCCAACAUCUGGGCUCUGCUCCCCGGCCUGGUUCUGGCUCUGGCUCUGGCUCUGGCCCAGCAUGCCUUAUAGAAGCACGCAGUGGAGUAGGAGGAGGAAGAAGAAGAAGAAGAAAAAAAAAAAGAGGUCAUCCACCCACAAGCUGAUCCUAAAAGCAGAAGGUGUUAUUUCUGUGACUGAUUUUAAGAAGACUGAAUCUCCGCGGCACUUGACAUACAAUAAAAUGGCAUUUAUGAAAAGGAAAAUUGAAAGAAGGAGAGAGGUAAAUGUAGAAUUCUUUUUUUUUUUAACAACUGUGAAUUUGUUGUUCAUUUGGUGUGUUGUUAGGGCGAAAUCAUUCUUUUAGAAAAAAAAGAAAAAGAAAAAGGACCCUUGGUAGCAGAGGCCGCAAAGGCCAUUCUGUGCAGGAACGAGCCUCACUCUGAUUGACUCACCAAAACACGGAGGACUGAAGCUGAUCACGAGCAAAGACUACUUUUCUCACCAAAGAAGCGGCCGGGGGAACGGACGACUUAAUUAAAAGCGCUGACAGAGGAGAAAUUGUCGCGGAAAA